CAGCAUUGCAGGGUAGUAUAUGAGUGUGUGUGAGUGAGUGAGUGAGUGUGUGUGUGUGUUAAUCCAGCACAGCAGUCUUUAAACAGGGAAACACACUCUCUCUCUCCUCAGUUUGAGCUUCGGUGCGGCUGAGGACAGAAAUCUGCCUUAAGUGUUGACUUGGAAGAACGCAAUAGAAGAAGAAGUGGACAAAGAAGAAGAAGAAGAAGACAAAGAAGAAGAAGGAACGAUGUCCCACGCUCUGCAGAGGAGGAACUCCAACAAACAGGGUCUUCAGACCCUGAUGAGGCUGACGGCUCAGAGGAGCGUCGAGGAUGCCGAGGAGGUGGAGCGGGAGCAGCGGCGCAGAGCUCGGGAGACAUUGCGGCCCGGGAAGUCGUUCCCGGAGGACAGGAUGCCAGCAGAGGACGGCAUGUAUGACGGCGACCCAAAGCCCAGCCGCUCUCUGGCUCUGGACGAGGACGAAGGCUUCAGCGACUGGACGCAGCGCCGAGAGAGACGGAGGCAGCAGCGUCUGCAGGAGCUCAGCCAGGGAGGCGAGGAGGACGAGGACGAAGAGGAGGACGCCAUAAAUCGAGCCGUUCCGGAGAACGCCGUCAAGGUCUCUGGUCCACUCCAGAGGCAGGAGCGCUUGAAAGGAGAUGGGCCCGGGGGGGAGCUGGAGAGGAGGAAGGAGCAGGAGGAGAAAGCCGUUCGAGCUGAGAGGGUGAGGAGGGAGGAAGAGGAGGACAGGAGAAAGGGAGAGGAGGUGAUGAACGGGAGGAAGGAUGAGAUUCAAAAGCCGAACACAGAGGUGGAGAGAAGAAAAGAGGUUCAGAUCUCCUACACAUCCAAGGUUGUUCUUCACCAUGAGCCAAAACCCGACAAUGCCAACGGAGAGGCCACCGAGGAGGAAGUGACAUCGCACAAAAAUAUCAAGACACAAAGGUCCUCCAGAGCCGUGGAGUCAGAGGAGGCGGAGACCAUCCUGGAGACAGAGCGCCGGCUAGAGAAGAUCCGGCAGGGCCUCCAGCAGAAGGGCAACCAGGAGCUGGAACAGCUGAGGCACCGACAGGUUGAGGCCGAGCAGGAGCUGGAGCAGCUGAAGAGGAGGCGGGAGGAGAGGCGGCGGGCCCGGGCCGAGGAGCAGCACCGGAGAGAGGAGGAGGAGCAUCAGCGGCUGGCCAGGGAAGAGGAGGAAAGGAGGCGCAUGAAGGAGGACAUGGAGAGGAGGAGGAUGGAGGCGGCAGAGAGGAUGAAGAGCCUGAGCACGUCCAGCGUCGACGGAGACGAGGCCUUCAGUCCCUUCAGUCCCAAGACUCCAACCAACAAGAUCUCAGAGAGAACUGAGUCGCUGAACCGCUCGCUGAAGAAAAGUCACAGCUUCAAGAAGACCCAGACCUUCGUUCUGCUGCCAAAGAUGGAUGACAAGAUGGAGCAGUACGCACACGCUGUGGAGAACUCCCAGGAGGUGCGUGCAGUGAAGGCAUCGCUGGCCGACCUGCCCAGCUCACCUGUAGUCGUCUCCUCCAAGAAGAACCUGUUUGAGGCGGGUGAAGCCUGGAGCCAGGCUCCCCCCAAGGGCCCCACCUGUAAGGACGCCGAGGGGCUGAAAGUGGGCGUGGCCAGCCGGAUCACCCAAUGGGCGAUGGGUCCAUGUGACAGCGGCCGGCAGUCGCCCGGCAAUCGGACAGAUGUGAAGCUCGGAGACGUGAUGCAGAAAAAGAACAUGUGGGAAGUUAUCGGAGACUCGACAGGACGACCGGACCAAACAGCUAAGAGCUCAGCAGCCGGUAAAAAGUACAAAUUUGUGGUCACCGGUCACGGAAAAUACGAGAAGAUGCCGGUGGACGGAGAGGACGAUUCAUAUCAUGAUGAUUACUGAGGCGUCUUCUCAUCAAGUCUGUAAGAAGCAACUGUCGGGGGACUCAAUAUUUCAUGUAUAUCUAAUAAAUACAUUUUUUGGACUCACUGAUCAUCAAAUGUCUAUUUUUACUAAAUUUCCUCUUUGUGUGUUCUGACAUUCAGUUUUGUAUAUAUAUGACUGAGCUUUAAUGUUUGGGUAUUCUUCUCCUCUACAGUUAAUAGCUGCUUUAGACAAAAAUGAUGAUGGAUCAAAAGUCGUUAUAUUCUCUGUUCUGCACUUGUGGCUAAAGAACAAUCUGAAUUGUUGUGUGAUAACACUGAAAGUAAAACAGAGAUUUGAAUAUAUCUGGUCACUUGUUACAGCCCUAAAAAAGAUGACAUUGUUUUGGCAUCUGUUACAUUUCAACAACAUUCAUUACAUUUGUCUACUGCGGACGUUUCUCACUUUUAAUAUCCAUAUACUGAGAUAUCUGUUUGUAUUUUAAUUUUUGUGUUUGAAUCCCUUUUUUAAAAUAAAUGUAAAUGAUUUUCUAAUCUA